AUGGAGAUCGAGUUUCCUAUAUUCCAACCGCAAAAUCAAAAUUCACAAACACCUCAUUUUCCAUUUUCAUCCAUAUUUAACCCUUCUAUCGGAAAUGUUACUCCAACUUCCUUGCCGUUUCCAACUCAAUUCAGUGCAUCAAGACAUAACUCAUCUGGUGUUGGUGGCUCUUCUAACCCAUCCUCUCAGACUCCUAUACAAUCUAGUCCAAAUUCGCAAUAUUCCGAUUUUACCAACCCUCGUGGAUUAGAUGCUAUCGACCUCAAUGAUGAUGAUAUUGAAGAUCGGAGGCAAGAUAGUAUUCAACACUGGCAUUGGGAAGAGGAUGAGAUGUUGAUCAGUGCGUGGUUAAAUGUUUCAACUGACCCUGGGGUAGUUGCAUGUAAGAAACGAUGGUAUAAGAUCAACAAGGCUGUUGCACAAUUUGCUGGUUGCUACGAUCAAGCUAGUCGAAACAUAAGGAGUGGUUCGAACGCUGAUGAUAUAAAGGAGUUGGCUUAUAAACUUUAUUCCACAAAUUAUGGUCAAAAGUUCACUUUUGAGAGGCAUUGGAACAUGCUUCGGUUGGAGCAAAAAUGGAGAAGCCAACUACCUACACAGAGUGGCGGCUCAAAGAGAACCAAGGUUAGUGCAACUGGAGCAUACUCAUCCUCAUCAAACCCAGAAACACCGUUGGCUGACGAACCCGGUGUGGACUCUCCCGUUCGCCCACAAGGAUCAAAGAAGAGCAAGCGAAGAGGUAAGGGAAAAGCACAGAUGUCUGAAGAUUUUAGUGAAAGAAAUCAUCGGUUGUCAAAAAAUUAUCUCUCAUGGAAGAUAUUAAGAAGUUAG